AUGUAUACUGGAAAGGAAGAUCCUUUGUCCCACCUCAAGUAUUUCGAGAUGCAAAUGGAUCUGCAAGGAGUACGAGGAGAUGUAUGUUGCAGAAUUUUUCCUGCCACCCUCUCGGAAGCUGCCCAACAAUGGUAUUUCCAGUUGGCACCUGGAAAGUUCAACUCAUGGAAGGCUUUCUCCUCAGAGUUCCAUGCACAAUUUUCCUCCUCUCACCAACUUUCGCUGCACCUAGGAGAUCUGGUCGAAGUAAAGCAAAGACCAGGAGAGCCUCUCCGAGCGUACAUCAGCAGAUUCAUGACGGAGGCGACUAAGGUUUCGCAGGUAACCGAGGAAAAAAAGUUGUAUGCGAUACUGGGGGGCAUUGAAGUCCUUGGUGAGCUUUGGAAGGACAUAAGGACGAACGGACCAGUCGACUCAAUGAGUGAUUUUCUUGACCAUGCAGAUGGUUUUAUCAAACUUGAAGAGGAUAUUCAGCGAGUAGAAGGUUACCAAAAACCUGGCAAGUCGAAAGCUCCUUCUACUGGGACAUCUGUCCAGCUCCCCCAUUACCCAAGAAAUUCAAGCUCAAAUGGUAAACAGUCCAGCAACAAUAAUAGACAAGGGAAUGGGAAAAAGGGAAAGUUAACUGGCAAGAUCGAACAAGCUCCACGGGAGAAUCCUACCAAGUAUAUUGCAUUUACCAUCCUUACGGAGGACAUAGAAAGUGUUUAUAUGGCCACUCAGUCACCAGCCCCGUACAAGAAGCCCGCACCCAUGAAAAAAGAUGUCAGCAAGAGAUACAUGACCAAUUUUUGUCGAUUUCAUGGAGACUACGGCCACGACACUAACGAGUGCAAAAAUUUGAAGCGAGAAAUUAAAUUUCUGAUAAGGAAAAAUAACCCGCACGUACAGAAGUAUAUCAAUGUCGAUCAGAAUCAAAGGGGCGAUAACAACCAAGACUUGCUACAACCACCAGUAGAUGGACAUCUGCAAGUCAUUAUUGGAGGCCCACACAUAGUUGGAGAUUCAGGCAAAGCCCGGGAGAGGUAUGCCUAA